CCUGCUGCAGAGGUCCAUUACCAGCAAAGAUGGUUCUGCUAGAAAAGCUCUGGGACGAUGUCGUCGCCGGACCUCAGCCUGAGCGUGGCCUCGGCAAGCUCAGGAAAAUUACCGCCAAGCCCUUGAACGUCCAAGUGUUAGAUGCGGAAGGAGAGGGAAGCAAGUUCCUGAGGUCGACGUCGAUGCCGGCGAGCCCAGCGACACCGUCGACACCGAUAACGCCGACAACACCGGGAUCGGUGCCGCGUAAGGACAACGUGUGGAGGAGCGUGUUCAACCCCGGGAGCAACCUUGCCACUAAGACCCUAGGUGCUCAUCAGAUGUUUGACAAGCCGGAGCCCAACUCUCCCACUGUCUACGACUGGCUCUACAGCGGAGAGACGAGGAGCAAGCAUCAUCGUUAAAAAAGAGGAGGCGGCCGAUUACGGAGGGUUUCAUCCUGUAAAUAGCGUUUUUUUUUUUGUCUUUUUUCCACCAGCGUGUCGUUUUAAUGGUACUGUGACUGCGUGUACUUCCUAACUAGGCUUGCUUUUCUUCUGGGCCCGAAUCUAGUAAGGUUGUCAGUAAAAUGCCAAGGUGUGGAACGAUGGCUCCGUCGUUGAUCUUUGUAUGUCAGAUCUGCCUUGGACGGCGGUGAUCAUAAGCUACGUUGUUGUAAUUAGUAAAAUAAAUGGUAUUUGUAUGUUCUGUUUUUUA